AUGCACUCACAGCACACCAACCUCGGCUGUUUUUUCCACUUCUUCUCUUUGCUGUUUGCCUCCUGUCUGUCCGUCGGCCGGCUGGAUCGGCACCGUCCGGCCUGACACAAACUUCCUGAUAGAGGAAUCAGAUACAGGAGCUCCGUACGACAGCAGAGAGGUGGUAAGAGGGGAGUUCAUUGGAGCUCGGGCUGCACUGUGGGGCUCAGGAGAGGGAUGGUGUGAUUCUGAGACAGGGAGGAAGACGCUCCGGCAGCAUCACUGAACCCCCUCCACCUCCUCAGCCCCUACUGUCUGGCUCUCCCCAAUAACACCCUCCUUCAGUGGGGACACUGAGGGUCGAGGGGUGGGCUAGCUGAGCAGGAAACAUGUCACAGACCAGGAGGACCACGUACACCCGGACCACCAGCAGUGGCAGCAGCAGGAUGAGCUCCGAUGGGGGCGGGCGGCCCGUCAAAGUGGGCUCCCUGGUGGAGGUGAUCGGGAAGGGGCAGCGGGGCACUGUCGCCUACAUCGGCACCACGCUCUUCGCCUCCGGGAAAUGGGUCGGCGUCAUCCUGGACGAGCCCAAAGGCAAGAACGACGGCACGGUGCAGGGAAAACGCUACUUCACCUGCGAGGAGAAUCACGGGAUUUUUGUCCGACAGUCACAGAUCCAGCUGGUUGACGAUGGAGCCGACACGACGUCCCCGGAGACACCUGAGCCCGGCACCGGAAAGGUUCCCAAACGAGACAUCCUGGAGACGCCCAAGUCCACUAAACUGCGAGGAGUGAAACCCAAAAAGGUGCUGCAUGUUUCUCUAACCUCGACUCCUGCACCCCGGAAGACCACGGCCAGAAGGCCCAAGCAGCCCAGCCGACCUGCCGGCACCGGAGGAAAGGGGGCGGCGUCCGGCUCGGCUUCGGCCUCGGCCGGGGAGAUGAGCAGCAGUGAACCCAGCACGCCGGCCCAAACCCCGCUGGCUGCUCCGGUCAUCCCCACCCUGCACUCCCCUGGAAACCCUCCAGCCCCCGUCCCCAGCAAGGAGGAGGAGGCACUGCGAGCUCAGGUGAAGGACCUGGAGGAGAAGCUGGAGACCCUGAAGAUGAAGCGAACAGAGGACAAAGCCAAGCUGAAGGAGCUGGAGAAGCACAAGAUCCAGCUGGAGCAGCUGCAGGAGUGGAAGAACAAGAUGCAGGAGCAGCAGGCCGAGCUGCAGAAACAGCUGAAGGAGGCUAAAAGGGAGGCCAGAGAAGCUCUGGAGGCGAAGGAGCGCUACAUGGAGGAGAUGUCGGACACGGCGGACGCCAUCGAGAUGGCGACGCUGGACAAGGAGAUGGCCGAGGAGAGAGCCGAGUCUCUGCAGCUGGAGGUCGACUCCCUGAAGGAGAAAGUGGACGAACUCACCAUGGACCUGGAGAUCCUGAAGCACGAGAUCGAGGAGAAAGGUUCAGACGGCGCCGCUUCAAGUUAUCAUGUGAAGCAGCUGGAAGAGCAGAACGGGAGGUUGAAGGAAGCGCUGGUCAGGAUGCGCGAUCUGUCGGCGUCGGAGAAGCAGGAACACGUGAAGUUGCAGAAGCAGAUGGAGAAGAAGAACGUGGAGCUGGACACUCUGAGGAGCCAGAAGGAGAAGCUGCAGGAGGAGAUGACGGUGGGCGAGAAGACCAUCGACGAGCUGAAAGAGCAGGUGGAUGCAGCGUUGGGAGCCGAGGAGAUGGUGGAGACUCUGACGGAGAGAAACCUGGACCUGGAGGAGAAAGUCAGGGAGCUGAGAGAGACAGUGACCGACCUGGAAGCCAUAAACGAGAUGAACGACGAGCUGCAGGAAAACGCCAGAGAGACGGAGCUGGAGCUCAGAGAGAUGCUGGAUCUGGGAGCAGCGAGAGUCCGAGAGUCGGAGAAACGAGUGGAAGCGGCUCAAGAGACGGUCGCCGAUUAUCAGCAGACCAUCAAGAAGUACCGAGAGCUCACAGCUCACCUGCAGGAGGUGAACAGAGAACUGACCAGCCAGCAGGAAGCUUCAGCCGAACUCCAGCAGCAGCCGCCAGCAGAGAUGUUCGAUUUCAAGAUUAAGUUUGCAGAGACAAAGGCGUACGCCAAGGCCAUUGAGAUGGAGCUGAGGAAGAUGGAGGUGAAUCAGGCCAACAGACACGUUUCUCUUCUGACCUCCUUCAUGCCCGAAUCGUUCCUUCGUCACGGCGGAGAUCACGACUGCAUCCUGGUGCUGCUGCUCAUCCCCAGACUCAUCUGCAAGGCCGAGCUGAUCAGCAAACAGGCUCAGGAGAAGUUUGAUCUGAAUGAAAACUGUGUGGAGCGAGCUGGACUGAAGGGAGCCGUCGGAGAGCAGCUGAGCUUCGCCGGAGGUUUGGUUUAUUCCCUGAGUCUGCUGCAGGCGACGCUGCACAAAUACGAGCAAGCUCUGGAUCAGUGCAGCGUGGACGUCUACAAGAAGAUCGGCUCUUUGUACCCGGAGAUGAGCGUCCAUGAGAGGUCUCUGGACUUCCUCAUCGACCUGCUGCACAAAGACCAGCUGGACGAGACGGUGAACGUGGAGCCGCUGACCAAGGCCAUCAAAUACUAUCAGCAACUGUACAGCAUCCACCUGGUGGACCAGAACGAGGACUGCACCAUGCAGCUGGCCGACCACAUCAGAUUUACCCAGAGUGCCUUGGACUGCAUGGCCGUGGAGGUCGGUCGUCUCCGGGCAUUCCUUCACACUGGUCAGGAGAAGGCCGACCUCGCCGUGCUGCUGAAGGACCUGGAGACGUCCUGCAGCGACAUCAGGCAGUUCUGCAAGAAGAUCCGCCGCAGGAUGCCGGGAACCGACGCACCGGGAAUCCCAGCGGCACUCAACUUCGGACAGCAGGUGUCCGACACGCUCUCAGACUGCAGGAAACACCUGACCUGGGUGGUGGCCGUGCUGCAGGAAGUAGCCGCAGCCGGAGCUCAGAUGAUGUCGCCUCUUGGAGAACAGGAAGGACUGUCAGCCGUCAAACUGGAGGACGUGGCGUUCAAGGCUGGAGAGCAGAUCUAUGGAUCCCAGGGCGCCAACCCCUACGAGUGUCUGCGACAGUCCUGCAGCAUCGUCAUAGCAACCAUGAACAAGAUGGCGACGGCCAUGCAGGAGGGAGAGUAUGACUCAGAGAAGCCUCAGAGCAAGAAUCCUCCACCAGUGGACGUAAGAUCGGCAGCCCUGAGAGCAGAAAUCACAGAUGCAGAAGGUCUGGGCAUGAAGCUGGAGGACAGAGAGACGGUGAUUAAGGAGCUGAAGAAGUCGCUGAAGAUCAAGGGAGAGGAGCUGAGCGAGGCCAACGUCCGCCUCAGUCUGCUGGAGAAGAAGCUGGACAGCUCGUCCAAAGACGCAGACGAACGCGUUGAGAAGAUCCAGACCCGCCUGGACGAAGCUCAGACUCUGCUGAAGAAGAAAGAGAAGGAGUUCGAGGAGACGAUGGACGCUCUGCAGGCCGACAUCGACCAGCUGGAGUCAGAGAAGGCCGAGCUGAAGCAGAGAAUCAACAGCCAGUCCAAGAUGACCAUCGACGGGCUGAGAGGAACCGGACCGUCAGGAAUCGCUUCCAUCGUUACGGGAAUGACGGGAGAGGAACAAAAAGCCAGCAUGAUGUCAGAAGUCGGUUCAGGUUCUGGAGUCCAGGUGAUCGACUCUCCUCUGCUGACUCAGCAGAUUGAAGCUCAAAGACUUUGCAUCAAACAUCUGAAGAACGAAAACAACAGACUGAAGGCAGAGAAGAUGCGUGCUCAGCUGGCCUCCCUUCCUCCUCUACAUGUGACCAAACUUCCCUCCAGGGAUGGAGGACGUCCUGAAGUGCUCUCUAGCGCCCUCUACCGCAAGACCGACCAGCUGCUGGAGACUCUGCUGCAGAUGAGCGCCAACGUCAAGGUGGUGGACAUCACCGGAAAAUCUCCAGUGACACCUGGUGCUCAGCUCCUGGAACAGACGGCCAGACUGCAGUCCCUGAGUGACACUCUGGACAGACUGAAGGACGAGGUCGCCGAACACGUCGUCAACCAGCAGCCUGGAGCUCGAGUCUCGUCUGAUUUCGCAACGUUUCCUUCGACCUCGUUUGUGAAGGCGAAGGAGGAGAAGCAGGGCGACACCGUUCUGGUGGGUCGGGUCAUGGUUCCGUGUGCUCGCGGUCAGGAGCAGAUCCAUCGUCUCGUCCUGUCGCAGUCGGAGCUGCAGAGAGUCCACAGUCUGCUGCGAACCUAAACCCCACCCGCCCGGUGGUUCCUGCCUGCCGCACUACAACACCCUCAUCGUCAGCUUCGUCUCCACUCCAGGGCCAAACCGCGAGGUAUUACAAGACGUUGAAACGAUGGUUAAAGGCCAGUCGCUGAACAGUCUUUGGACCUCUAGCACUUUUUCUGUGCCUGUUUUGACCCUUCGUUAUCUUGGUCUCGAUCUACAAUUAGAGCUGUAAAUUAACCGACAGACAAUUCAGGGCAAAUAUUUUGAUCAGGACCAACAAUCCUGCUCUCGUUUUAGCUUCUCUUUACAGAUAUCAAAAUGUCUGUCUGGUUCUUAGAUGUACAGUCAGAUUAAUUAUAAAUGGAAAGUUCAAUUUAAAUGUUUACUUUUAUCAGCAGGAUUGAGAAAAUUGGAGAUAUUAAUCACGGAUGAUGAAAUGUAUUGCUAGUUAUUAAAGCAUUUAGGUUUAUUUUGACUAAAAUCCUGCCAACUGUAAACCACAGACUGGAUGAAGAACUUAUCCUUGUAAUUUAAAUGUCUAUAAUUUUAGUUUUAUGGCCAGAAAAAAAAAGUUGUUUUUUUGCAGAUGUCAGACUUUUUGGUUACAUUAGGAAGCAGCGAUCUUACCCAGGUUCUUCCAACUAAAACUCGAGCAGAAUUAUUUAGAUGUUUUGGCCUCAUGAGAUCCAUAAAAUGAAACCUGGUAAGCAGUUUAAUCAGAUUUAAAUGUUUGUGCUUUUAGUUGGAGACAUGAUUUUUGACUAAAAUCCUGCAGACUGCCAACCAUAGACUGGAUGGAGAGAUUAUCUUUGUAACUUUAACAUCUAAAUUGUCGUUUUACGGCCAGAAAAAGUUGCAGGUUCGUGCACCAUCACUGCUGCAUGCCGCCCAGACUCACCACAGUCCUUAGUGUGUCGUAUUUAUCCGUGGCCCUGGUGUGGAGCGUUUGAGGCCAAAACUUUUUUGCUUCAUGUUUCUCUGUUAAAUGCUGAGCAGGACAUGAAGAAUCACAUGUUGUAAAUUUCUAUCAGGUAUCACUGUGGCGUGCUCCAUUUUUAUAACUGUCUAAAGGGAAAGGAGGAUUAUUGAUACUUUUAAAUGUCCAUUUUAAAGCGGUGGACGGUUUACUGUGGUUUGAUCGGAGACUUUUUUGCACAUUAUCUUCACUUGGGUUUAACUUUAUUGCUGCAGCAGUAAAGUUGCAAACAAACUGAGGAUUUCAGUAUUUAUUUCAUUUAACCUUUGUGGGCUGCACAGAACAAGAAAAGCUGAUUAACCUUCAUGGAUUUACGGUGUAAAAAUGUGGAUCUUUGCAGAUUUAUGUUUAUUUAAAACAGCCUGACUGCACUUUAGUCAGACGGAGCAUUAAGUUAUUUAGUAUUUAUGACACUCGUGGUUUAAGUUGUUGCUGUAGGUUUAAACUUUGAGCCUUAAACCUGCUGAGACCUUCGUGGUAAAGAUCAGUCGCCUGCCUUAUUUCUGAUUUGUUUGGAACAAACGUUGGAAGCAAAACUACAUCUUUGCCAAAGAAUCUUUGUUUCACCACAUUUGCCAUGGUUGAUUUUGUUUUUAAGGCCUUUAGUUGAUUAAUCCGUGCUACCCGUUUUAUUUAUUAAUUCUAUGUUUACACAGCGCUGUCAUAACUUGAAGUUUUGUUUAAUUUAAUGGGCAUAGUGCAUCUACACUGCUGUAGUUUAAGAGGGAAAAUGCAGACAUUUAUGUAUUUAUCUGUGCUCCUGGUACUGAAUCUGCAGCUCGUCUAACUCGUCUUACAUUUUCCUCGUGUGGCUUCCUGCUCUUGCACAACCAAUAACUGAUCAAUAAAGACUUUAAAGCCAGA